AUGAUUCAAGUUUCUACCUGUCCUUCCCCAGAGCCCUAUGCUGUGAUGCCACCGGUGGAGUUAUUCAUGGAGGCGUCUUUUGAGGAGAGGCGAGUCAUGCUGUACAGGGAUUUGGAAAAAGGAGAUAUUGUGGUGGGCAGGAUCAACAACAUUAGAGAAUACGGCUUCUUUCUGACAUUGCUCUGCACGGCAGGAGGGCUGAAGAGAGACAUCGAAGACUUGGAGUUGUCGGCUCUCUGUCACAUCAGAGAAAUUCCCUCCACUGUAAGCCAUGAUGAUCCUUUGUCCUACUACCACAUUGGGGACUUCAUCAGAGCUGCAGUGAAAGAUAUCGAUCGUUACCAGGAGAAAGUCACAGUCUCCCUCCACCAGGCGUCUCUUUCUUCCAAAAUGAAGCACGUCAAACUGGGUGUCAUUCCCCGGGAGGAGCUGCCCACACACUACAGGUAUGCUAACAAAGGCAGCAUCAUGAAGGCGAUUACUGACUUUGAAUUGGCCCUGAUGAACUGUCCAGAUCACCGCAACGCCAAGAAGUACCUCUGCCAGACACUGGUGGAGAGAGGAAAACAAUAAGAACUAGUUAUUUUA